AUGGUCCUCGUCGAAGUUGUGGUCGGCCUCGAAGCUGUUGAGCUCGAAACUGGUCGCAGUCAGCGGCACGUUUGUGCUUGGGGGCUGGCUGUACCGCUCGCGGUAAUGGUCUGCGAGCUCCUGUUUGUUGUUGGUGAUGCGCUUGACCGCGAUCUUGCACGGAAACUGCGUCUUGGUGAACACCUUGACGGCCACGCCGAUGUCGAACCGCGCCUGGCCAACAAACCGCAUCCAUUCGGUGCCGAUGUCUGCCUCGGCGAUGAUGCCAAACGUCUGACUCAGAAACGAAAGUUUCGACAAGCCGCGGCUGUUGCACACGGCCAUCAGGUCGGCACGCACGACGUGACCCUUGACGAUCUCCAGCGCAGCUAG